UCAAUCCAAUUAAAAUUCAGGUUAUAUUUUUGUUUACGGCUUUUAUAAAGUUUCAAAAGUGUGGUUAAAAUACGUAAUUUAAGCGGUUUUGAAAAAUAAGUACAAGAUAGUUUAUUGGUGCUUUCGUGAAGUUCAUAAAAUGUCUAGUAAACCAAGUUCUAAGCGAACAAUAUAUGUUGGCGGUUUAGCAGAAGAGGUGGAUGAAAAAGUUUUGAAUGCCGCUUUCGUUCCUUUUGGAGACUUAGUCGAUGUACAAAUACCUUUAGAUUAUGAGACUGAGAAGCACCGAGGUUUCGCCUUCGUUGAAUUUGAGAAUGCCGAAGACGCUGCAGCUGCUAUUGAUAACAUGAAUGAUUCCGAGUUGUUUGGUAGAACAAUAAGAGUGAAUGUAGCUGCCCCACAGAGGAUAAAGGAGGGUUCCACCAGGCCAGUGUGGUCAGAGGACAGCUGGCUGCAGAAGCAUGCUGGUGAAACACUAACAAUCAACAAGGAAGGAGAAGAGGACACUGCUAAGGAUAAAACUGAAGUUUCCGAAUCAGUUCCAGCUAAGCCUACAGAGAAACGUAAUCCCCAAGUAUACUUUGAUGUGUGCAUCGGAAAGCAGGAGUUGGGUAGAAUAAUAAUGAUGCUCCGAGCAGACAUUGUACCAAAAACUGCGGAGAAUUUCAGAGCAUUGUGUACACAUGAGAAAGGAUUUGGCUACCAAGGGAGUAGCUUUCAUAGAAUCAUACCUGAUUUUAUGUGUCAAGGAGGUGACUUCACAAAUAAUAAUGGAACUGGAGGUAAAUCUAUAUACGGGCGUAAAUUUGAAGAUGAGAACUUUACAUUGAAGCACACAGGGCCCGGAAUACUGAGUAUGGCUAACUCAGGCCCUAAUACUAACGGAUCACAAUUCUUUCUCUGUACUGCCAAAACGGAUUGGUUGGACAAUAAGCAUGUGGUGUUUGGCCAUGUGAUAUCGGGCUUGGAUGUGCUCAAGAAGAUGGAGAGGUACGGCAGCAAGAGCGGCUCUGUCUCCGCCAAAGUCACUAUCAGCAAUUGUGGAGAAUUACAAUGAUAUUAAAUGCUA